CCUGCCCGCCCCUGCGCCCCCCGCCCGCCGGAGCGCCGACUCCGCCCACCGUUCCCCGCCCGCUCGGCUGCCGCGAGUCCGGGAGUGUCGUGCGAUUGGGGCGCCAGGCUCGGGCAGCUCGGCGAGGCCGUGGACCUGCGUCUGCCCCGCGCAGGGCCACUUUCUUUGCCUUUGUGAGACCCCAGACAGGACACCUGUCUUCUCCAGUAUGAAGGUCUUCCUGCCCGUGCUGCUGGCUGCCCUUCUGGGUGUGGAGCAAGCUCGCUCCCUGGUGUGCUUCUCUUGCACGAAUCAGAACAGUAAUUUCUACUGCCUAAAACCAACCAUCUGCUCGGACUCGGACAACUACUGCGUGACCGUAUCUGCCUCCGCCGGCAUCGGGAACCUGGUGGACUUCGGCCAUACCCUGAACAAGGGCUGCUCCCCGAUCUGCCCCAGCCCCAGCAUCAACCUCGGCGUGGCGUCUGUGGGCACCUAUUGCUGCCAGAGUUUCCUGUGCAACAUCAGCACGGCCGGCGGGGGGCUGAGGGCCAGUGCCGCCGUGUUGGGCCUCGGGCUCCUGCUCAGUCUGCUGUCCGCCCUGCAGCGGCUUGGGCCCUGACCGCCGGGGCCCUACAGCCGGCCCAGACUCCCCCAGCUCAGGAAGGAAGGCCCGGCCCCUCUUCCUUUGACUCGUCACCCUGCUUGAUCCCAGUUCUCCCAGCCCUCCCCGCCCUCGGUCCCCCCCUGGUCAGGCCCCCGGGCCUGCACCUGCCCUAAGAGGGGCCAGCUGCCCUCAUUUCUCAGGCAGUGACGUGACCUUCCUCGGGGAACCUGGGAAGGGAUGAGGGCUGGAGCCUGAGGGUCCCAGAGUCAGAACUGAGUCCUGGGGACACUAGGAGGCACACGUAAGCCCCAGGCCCUGCCCCGUCCAGGCUGUGUCUGCCCCCAGGUGGUGUGGAAGAUGUGCUCUCUGCCACUGUGUCCCAGAAGGGCAAGCGUGCUGUUGCCACAGGUGACUGUGUAAACUCAGCUGUGUGGACGCGUGUGCCGGGUGCCCCUGUGGCGUGUGUGCGAGUGUGUGGCCGUGUCCGGGCCCGUGUGUGUGCGGGAUAAGUGCCAGGGGUCCGGCAUUAGCAGCCGCCGAGCCCCCCGGGUCCACACCAGAACUUCUUUUCUCUGGCAUUUCUACGCCCCACUUUAAGGGGAGCCUUUUGGAAGACGGGGUUCCAGUGCGUCUGGGCUUGACCGCUGGACCCAGGAAUCGGUUCCCACCCCCAACUCCAGCCGCGGCCCCCACCCCCUCCCUCCACCCCAUACUGGAGUCUGUCUGCUGCCUCGGUGCCUCAAAUAAACGCGUGUUCCCAGCC